AUGGCCAAGAUUGCCGCUAUUACUGGUCAUGAUAUUCAUAAGAUCACGUCGAGUCAAGUGAUAAUUGAUUUGGUCACUUGUGUGAAAGAGCUCAUUGAUAACAGCAUUGACGCACACGCUCAUCACAUUGAGGUCACAUUCAAGGACUACGGAAUGGAAUCCAUUGAGUGCUCUGAUGAUGGAGACGGUAUAAGCAGUGAGAAUUUCGAGUGCCUGGCAUUGAAACACUUCACUUCAAAGAUCAGUUCUUUUACGGAUAUAUCCUCUGUGGAAACUUUAGGAUUUCGAGGUGAAGCAUUGGCAUCGCUAUGUGCUGUAGCUCAUGUAUCUGUCACUACAACGGCAAAGCCCCCACGGGCUGAUAGACUUGAAUAUGAUACUACUGGUGCCCUGAGCUCUAAGUCGACGACUUCUCGGAAUAAGGGCACAACGGUUCUCGUAUCUGACCUGUUUUAUAACUUACCUGUAAGGAGGAAAGAGUUUGACAAAAACUGCAAAAGGCAAUUCUCACAAUGCAUAGCAUUACUGCAGAACUAUGCUUUGAUUCAAGAGGAUAUCAAAAUGUCUGUUUGGAAUAUCACAUCGAAUAAGAGAAAGCGGUUAAUUCUGGGCACUAGUAGGUGCCUAGAAAUGUCCAAGAAAAUUUUAAGCAUAUUUGGUUCCUCAAGCAUGAGAGGCUUAGCACCGAUUGACGUGGAACUGGAUCUUAAUCCCUACAAGGCGCUAAUCAAUAAAAGACAUGCGGAUAUACCAGAUUACCAGGCAUUGGAUUACAAAAUAACUGUUCAAGGGUACAUUUCAAAGAGUUCGUUUGGUUGUGGCCGAAGUGCCAAGGAUCGACAAUCAGUUUUCAUCAAUAAGCGCCCGAUCGAAUAUCCAGCACUACUGCGAUGUUGUAAUGAAGUUUACAGAACCUUUAACAAUGUUCAGUAUCCGACUGUUUUUCUCAACUUCAUGCUAUCUCCAGCUCUCAUUGACGUGAACGUCACUCCUGAUAAGCGAACGGUCAUGCUUCAUAAUGAACGGUACAUCAUAGAAGUCUUCAGGGAGAAUCUAAUUAAUUACUACGACAGGCAAGAACAGGUUCUUCCAAAAUCAACUCUAUCCCAAUCCUUAGAGCCGGAACAAAAGAGAAGAAGGCUAGCAUCUCAAAUACUCGAGGGGGGCUUUUGUGAAGAUGACGAGAGUGACCGCGACAUUAAUGAUGAGAGUAACUUAGAGAAACAAGAAGGGUCUAAUAUGGAAAUAACAGAAACUGAGCCUGAGAAGAGCCCAAGCCUCUUCACCGACAUACAGGAGAAUGCCCAGCGGAGUAGUAGUAUCGCAACUAUUGAUCACCCAAAGGAUGAUACCAAUUUUAAUCCCUUUAUGAAUGAAAAGAGCCCCAAAGGCUCAGAAAUGAUUAAAGAGGCAUGCUUAAAUCAAGAACGAAAUGACGGAGCUCUUCGUUCCUCGUCUGAAGAAUUACUGGGAGAAUCCGAAUCAAGGACUUUUAAAGCAACUUUAGAAUGCUUCAAGAAUUCAUCUCGAGAGGACACCUUAGAAGAUCAGCCCAAAAAGUAUCCUCUGAAUGAAAGUCAAUCGGUAGUAGUAGAAAUUGACGGCGAUAAGCUCGACUACCAGGCGGUCAUAACUAAAGAUGAACAGCUCGCUUUCCUCAGCGAUGGAAUGUCUUCCCCAUUAAAACCUCGUAUCAUGUAUAAGACAGCUGAAGAGAAUGAAGAUGAAGAUGACGCGUAUUACGCUCGUAUGGAUCCCCCGCAAGAAGUGAAUGUUCGCUUGCAGAGGCCUCCAUCGGUUAGUCAAGAGUUAUAUCAGAAUACUCAUCGUUCCAUCACAGACCCCAACCUCAGUCAAAAGCUCGAAAGCGACAAAUUUGUACUGCGACUAAAGGUUGAACUUUCAAAAGAGUUCACCAGCCGAUUAACAAAUCUUGCAUCCAAGAGACAAAAUGCUAACCUUGAAAAUUCUAUUGAGAAGAAUAAAGAUUUGCAAGAUCUCGAAGAAGGAGAGAAGUAUAUGACUUUGACAGUCAAGAAGGACGACUUUCGAAAAAUGCAAAUAGUUGGUCAAUUCAAUCUAGGUUUCAUUAUAGUGACGCGGCGAGUACAGGACAAAUAUGACCUGUUCAUUGUAGAUCAACAUGCAAGUGAUGAGAAGUAUAAUUUUGAGACCUUGCAGAGAUCAACGGUUUUUAAAUCUCAAAGCCUGAUUGCACCACUUCCCGUGGAACUCAGUAUUAUUGAUGAGCUACUGGUGAUGGAUCAUCUGGAAGUCUUCGAGAAAAACGGGUUCAAGCUCAAGAUCGAAGAAGAUGAAGAACAAGGAUCAAAAAUCAAGCUCAUCAGUUUGCCAGUGUCUAAGAAGACUCUUUUCACCGUCGAUGAUUUUUAUGAGCUGGUGUAUCUAAUAAAAGAAAAUGGUGGUCUUCACACGGACAACAUACGAUGCUCCAAGGUUCGCUCCAUGUUUGCGAUGAGGGCCUGCCGAAGUAGUAUUAUGAUUGGCAAACCUUUGGCGAUGAAAACUAUGGUCAAAGUUGUCAGACAUCUGAGCGAGCUGGAAAAACCAUGGAACUGCCCGCACGGCAGGCCCACUAUGCGCCAUUUGAUGGAACUUAAGGAAUGGGAUUCUCUCUUGGAAGAUUAUAAAUUGUAA